AUGCAUCAACCGCCGUAUCCCCCGAGCCAGGCGCAGCCGUUGCCUCCCGAUAUGCACUCGCAUCCACACGCACCACCGUACGCGGCGCACCAGAUGCAGCAGCUCCCGUCAAUGCCCCCACCGGGCACAUCCUACCCAGACAGCGUUCCAAUGGCGGGUCCCGGAGCGCUGCAACCAGGCCAGCCCGGCGACGGCGCCCAACCGACCGCAUCCCAUGAACGCGUCCCGCUCACCCCCGAGCAGAAACGACAGCAGGAAAUAAACCUCAAGCCGUACUCGUCUGAGGAUGAUCAAGGUCGCGUAUACUCCCUUGAUGUUGUGCAACAGCCACAACGUGCGCGGAUGUGUGGCUUUGGAGACAAGGACCGGCGGCCCAUCACCCCUCCACCUUGCGUGAGGCUCAUCGUCAAAGAUGCCAAGACCGGAAAGGAGAUUGACUGCAAUGAGAUUGAGCAUACAAUGUAUGUGCUCAAUGUUGAUUUGUGGUCCGAGGACGCCCUGAAGGAAGUGAACCUUGUUCGUCACACAACCGCGACCCCCUCAAUAUCCUCGACUUCUCCAGCGUCCUAUGCCCAGAUCGAACAGGCUACUCCGGCCUACUCGCACAUUCUGCCGUCUAGUCGCGAUAUGGGCUACUCCCAACAAAUGGGCUACCCUCCCCCCGGUCAAGCGGUCAGCCCCUACGGCAUGCAGCAGCCAUUUACCCAAGCGGGCUUUGUGUCGCCUAAUGGGACCGGCUACCAGCCUCCGAAUCAGUACUAUCCCCAGGCCGAGAUGGGCCUUACACAGCUUGUUACCUCGCCAUACGGCGCCCCGCGAGUGUAUGAUCCUCAGUUUGGCGGCUUGCCUCAACGCAUGUCUAUUAGUGGAAACCCCCCGACUGGCAUGUUCACCCGGAACCUCAUUGGAAGCCUUGCUGCCAGUGCGUUCCGCCUUCAAGAUACCCAGGAUAAGAUCGGCAUUUGGUUUAUCCUGCAGGAUCUGAGCGUCCGCACCGAAGGGUGCUUUCGUACAUCUCCAAGCCUACGGUUCUCGUUCGUCAAUGUCGGUGCUCCCGGCCAGUCGGGCAACGGCUCUAUCAAUGUCGGCAAGGCGCCCGUUCUCGCCUCGGUCUUCAGCGACGUCUUCCAGGUUUAUUCGGCCAAGAAGUUCCCGGGAGUCUGCGAGAGCACGGCCCUGAGCAAAUGUUUCGCGAGCCAGGGCAUCAAGAUCCCCAUUCGCAAGGACAACCCUAACAAGAGCUCCAACCAAGACGACGACGACUACGAUUAA